UCAUUUAGCAGAUGCUUUUAUCCAAAGCCACUUACAAAUGAGAAAACACGCUUACACACUUCCAUGGUUGAGGGUUCGAAUUCGCGCCUUGUGUGCAGAGUUUGCCAGUACUUCGUUGGUUUCCUCCGGGUACUCCGGUUUCCUGCUAUAGUCCAAAUACAUGCGUUGUAGGCUAAUUGGCAUUUCCAGAUUAUCCGUAAUGUGUAAAAUUGUGUGUGAUUGUGCCCUGUGAUGGGCUGGCCCCGUCCAGGGUGUCCCCUGCCUCCUGCUCCAAGCUCCCUGGGAUAGGCUCCAGGCUCCCUCAUGACCCUGUGUAGGAUAAGCGGUACAGAAAAUGGAUGGAUCGAUGGACUUUGAUAAGGAAUUAGUUUUGUACAUGAACCACUUUUUAUACGUAAGUCGCACCAAGUCACGAUGAGCUGUUGCCUCAUCAGUCAUUUUAGCACGCAAAACCUAUCCAUCCUCCAAACUUGCAUUGUUUCAUAGUUUUACUCAAAGUAAAAGAAUGUUGAAAGUUGCAUGGAAAGAAGAGAGCAGGGCUCGUGCUUCAUGUUUUCUUUCAGUCAUGCUUUUAAGGAUCAGGAAUUCGAGUUAAGUUCACGUGAACUCUGCUACAAACGACAUUUAUAUGUUUUUUUCCGCAUUCAGUGUGACCGCGCCGUCCGGCUUCUUGUUAUCUUAGCAGGAAACCCGUGUGUUGCAAGUGAGAUCAGUUGAUCAGUUUUUUUUUUGUGGUCUUUAAAACUGCUUCAUGAGUGUCGGGCUUGGAGACCGCUUUGUGAACAGCUCUAUGAGGUGCUGGAGUAUCAGUGCUGUUGCUGCUCCAACGCUUUCACUAUUGUAUUGUAUUCUAUCAAGAAACGGACACCUAUGCACUCUUACAUUAUAACACGAGUGUGAGUGAUGAUGUGGGUGUAUCAGAUGAAAAGAGAUAACUGAUGACAAGCUAUGCAGGUGCACUGAACACCGAACCUGUGUGUGUGUGUGGGUUGGUAUUUGGAUGUUUAUGAAAGAGUGAAAGAAAUAUGACAAGGCAUUUCCAUCCACUUUCAGUUUGCUGAUCUAGAAUAUCACAUGAUGACACCUUCCUGUCAAUAAAACUCUGCACUGUGUAAAUCACCACCAUUGAUGGCGUUUCAGGCCAGUGAUAACCGAUACUUUCAUAAUACCUUGUCUUUUAUUCUCCUUAGCUUCAGCAGUGUAGUUCUACCAGUAACAAAUACAAAAGAUUAAAUGUAUUUGUUUUGAGUUAUUGCACCAUCGUUACACUGAUCUUUUGUAGGAUUGAUGGAUUUCUGCCAUGGACAGACUGAGUAGUGUCGAGGUGCUUGCGCCUGCCACGACACAUACUUCAGGUGAAACACAGGAUUACUGGGCAGGUCAUGGCGCUGAAGAUGAACACUAUGGCCAGUAACCGGGCCAACAUGUUGAAAGAGGUGCAGCUCAUGAACCGUCUCAGCCACCCCAACAUCCUCAGGUUUGUGGGAGUGUGUGUACACGAGGGACACCUCCAUGCUCUCACAGAGUAUAUUAAUGGUGGAAACCUGGAGCAGCUGUUGGACAGUGAUGUGUUCCUGUCAUGGGCGGUGAGGAUGGGCCUCGGCCUGGACAUCGCACGAGGACUGCAGUACCUCCACAGCAAGGGUAUAUUCCACAGAGAUCUCACCUCAAAGAAUUGUCUGGUGAGUUGGGAGAAUGGCGUUUGCACUGCUGUUGUUGGAGACUUUGGCCUGGCAGAGAAAAUUCCGGACAAUAGUGAUGGCGCACAGAAGCAGCAUCUGAGCAUCGUGGGCUCUCCGUACUGGAUGGCUCCUGAAGUGCUCAGAGGAGAGCAGUAUGAUGAAAAGGUGGAUGUCUUUGCCUAUGGCAUUAUCCUCUGUGAGAUCAUCGGUCGGAUUCAGGCAGAUCCAGACUUCCUUCCCCGCACAGAGGAUUUUGGUCUAGAUGUGGCUGCAUUUCAACCUAUGGCAGGAGAAUGUCCCCCUCCUUUCCUCAGCCUAGCAGUCACUUGCUGUUGUAUGAAGCCACAGAGUCGUCCUCCUUUCUCAGAGAUAGUGUACCAGUUGGAGAGAAUCAGUGUUGGGCAGCAGGCGGAGCAGACAGGGCCUGUCGAGGCAGAACCAGUUACGCCUAGUUCCAGGUCCCUGAGUGGGAGAAGGUCGUCUUUGGGUGCCAUUGUGGAAGAUCGGCUGUCCCUGGGUAAAUCAGAUGUGUUAUCUCCUGUUCAGAGCACGCCGGCUCGCGUCAACCCCUUCUCCCAAAGGCACGAUCUCAAUGGUGGCCGCAUUAAACUUUUUGACACGCCCAGCAAAUCGGUCAUCUCCCUCACCUUUACCCUGCCUCCACGUCCUGACCCGUGCAGCCCCACCCCCUGUAGGAAAGCCCUGCCCCGAUCCCAUAGACGCUGCCAGUCUCUGCCCUGCACAGCAGAAGACAUCCAGGCAUUAAGGAGUGUAUCAGACGGUGAUGCUCACGCGAGCAUAACGCCUCCGGAUGCUAACGAGACAACGGCUUGCGCUGUUAAUCUUCCCAAAAUGGACAGUGAUAGUAUGGUGAACAUUUUCACAGAGGUUGAACAUGAUCAUGUGUUUAGUGCUCACACAGAUGGUCCAAAUUCACUGGAGGAACAAGAGAAUGAGCACAUGAUCAUAAAGGACUCAAUUCAUAAAGAACUGGAAGAGGAGGAGCGCAUGUUGGAGGAGAAGCUGAAUGACUAUACUCCUCUAGCAGACGACUCUGGUGUUCCCAUAGAUCUUGAGUUAACGUCCAUAGAUCGUCUGACAGAGGUGAGUGUAGAGGAAGCCAUGGACUGUAUCAGCUCCCCCGAUACAUCUUGUGAUUCACCCAAACCCUUCACCAAUGGCUGGAGACCCCCUGUAUCAAACAGACCCCCAUUUUUGCCCCCUUUACCCGAUUUAGACAACAACAACAGCCCUGUGCAACCUUUAAAUCUGCCAGUCAAUGGUUUCCAUGGUGUCACGACCCCUGUGACCCCUCCAGAACAGGAUGAGGUUGUAGCGUGUUCAGGCUGCUGUCUGGCAGGAUUCAGCUUUCCCUCCAUGUGCAUCCGUGGGACACCCCGCAACCCAUAUAAGAACUUAAACGGUGAUUCUGCGACACGGGAGCUGCUGUGCAGAAUGCAGCCACCUUCACCUCCUGCUCACAGCACGCACACCUAAUGAUGAACUGCAUGAGAGAGGACACUGCACAUUUAUCCUAUGCCUUAAAACCUGCUGCUGUUGCACAUUGCUCAGAGAAGUGUUGAAUUGCGCUGGGGCUUAGUCAGGUGUUAUUGAUUUUGUCCAGUUUAAAUGCCCCUUUGUUUAACAUAAUUAUGCUCUUCAAUGGGUUUAAUGAACACUUUCUCAAGAAAACAGAAUAUUG